CAAAAUGUAUUCGCGAAGGGCAUUGGCAUUCUCUGUUUGGCAAGUGAACCAAUUCGCUGGACUAAACACUGAACAGUACAAACCACCUCCAAUUCAGCAAAAUCAGUGCUUGAAGAAUCACUAUAAGUUGAAUUGAAAAAUGGAAAUCGACCCAUGGGGUGCACUGAAGGCAAUCCCCACAGCAUUGACAGGCGCUGACCUGAAACUAACCCAGUUGGAAGCUGCUAAGAAGGCUUUGAAAUUGUUACAAUCAACAGACGAUUCCAAUCCAUUGAUCAACAUUUGUGUAGCAGCUUCUGAAGGUGACAAUGAGAAACUUUUAGAACUGCUCAAAGAUCCUGCUACAUUAGAUGCUCUAAACCAAGAAGACAACAGUGGGCUUUACCCGUUAACAUAUGCUAUCGUGUUUAAUAAUGAGGAGACAACUGAAAUAUUGUUAUCCAAAUCAACAGAGAUAUUGAACAAACCCGAUUCAUUGUUUGGUUAUACACCACUUAUGUGGGCGGUCUAUUUGCAAAAUAAAGGAAUCGUCGUUGAAUUGUUAAAUCAUGGUGCUGAUUUGGAAGUUGAAGGUAGAAAUGGCCUAACUGUUUAUGAUUUAUUAAAACCUGGAUCCGAGAUGCAUGAUUUUUUCGAACAACAUGGAUUAUUAGAGAAUAGACAAAAGGAAGAUGGAGAUGAAGGUGAUUUUUACAAAUCUUCUUCACUAAGUAACCCUGAGAAAGAUGAUGAAUUAUUGGAUAACAUUAGAUUACAAACUGCUGGACUAAAUGUUAAUGAUGACACUAAUCUUUAUCAGGAUUCAAAUGCGUUUGUCGCUCCAAGCGCAUUGUUUGAAGAUGAGUUUAAUUUUAACAAGUUAUUGAAAAACCAAUACAUCAUGUUUUCAGAUUUUGAUAUCCCUUCUAUUCUUGAGUUGAUCUUUGAAUUGGAGAAAAAAUAUGCCCACAAGACCACAUACCCAGCUGCUGUUAUCUAUCAAUGUGUCAGAUAUGCUGACCAUUCAAAGAAGAGUGACAUAUUGGUUGAAAAUUUUCUGAAUUUGGCAUUUACUAGAAUUCGAUCAAAUACUUUAUCAAAGUCAGGGGUGACAACUGUUCAAAGUCAAGGUGAUAUUGUUUUGCAAAGUUAUUGGUUAUCAGUUUUGAAUUUUUUGUACUUUUAUUUAUGUCGUGAUGAUGGAUUUUUCAAAAGAUAUCCAAAAGUAUUACAAGAUUUAAUUGUUACCUUGCAGUCUUUGAUUAUUGAACUUACAAAUUCUAUUAAAUUCAGAUUGAAUGAUUUGAUAGAUGAUUGUUUAUUGAAUUUCACAAACAUUCCAGAUAUUACGAGCACGUUAUACAAAAAUGACUGGAAUUUUUUCAAAAAGAAGCAUCAACCAAAGUCAACAUAUGAUGAAAUUUACCAAAUGCUUUACCCACCUUCAGUCAAAGAACAAUUGAAACCAUCCCCAAUAAAGAUUACACAAACUCUAGGUGCGUUGCUUUAUGUCUUGAAUUUACAUAACGUCCAUCCUUUGAUCACCCAACAAACGUUAUCCUCAGUGUUUUAUUGGAUGUCUUGUACUUUAUUCAACAGAGUUCUUUCCCAAAAAAAAUAUUUGACAAGGACUAAAGCUGUCCAAAUCAGGUUGAAUGUUUCGGUUAUUGAAGAUUGGGCAAGAUCAAAUAAUAAGCGUCCAGAAUUUCCAGAUAUUGAUGAGUAUUUAUUGAAAGCAUUUCCAUAUACGUUGAUAGAAGAGAAUUUAACUGAAGAUCAUGCUUUCAUUUUGAACCACACUGCUAUUUAUAAAGGUGAAUUACAAAAUCCACAAGAUCUAGCAUUUUAUCAUUCAUCAUUAUUUUCAAUACUGAAAGUUCAUUUUGAAAUAUUUUUUGAACUACUUCAGUGGUUACAAACCUUUACAAUUUUAAAAGACGAAGAAAGUUUAGCAAGUAUAUUGGAUAAUUUACAACAUUUGAACUCUGUCCAAUUACUGAAAACUAUUGACAAAUAUAGAUAUGAGGUUGAUGAAGAAAAGUUUCACAAAACGCUUCGUCAAAAAGUCCAAGCAAAAGUCAAAAAUGAACCUCAGCAAUUACCAAAAGUUUCAUACCAGGGAUCUGAUUACCUAUAUUUGAAUCCAAAUCAAAAUUUCCCAGUUGCACUACCAACCAUCCCUGAACUUGUUACAGAAUACGGCGCUGGGUUGGGUGGUGUGAAUAAAGAAAGAGCCAUUCAAUUCCAACCAUUUCUACCGUAUGAGAUUAUUGAUUCCAUAGAUGAAAUUCAUGAACAAAAGGCUAAACAAAAAGAUCAAGAAAAUAAUAUCGAGAAUGGUGAAUCUGAUCAAGAUGAUGAAGAGGAAGAUGGUGACAUUGGUGAUAAUUAUGAUGGUAAAAAUGAUAGUAAUGGUAAUGACAAAUUUGGAUCUCAACCUGAUGAGUUGUUUCAAAAUCUUCAAGUCCCAAGCUCUUUAGCACAUCGUGAUUGGGGUGGUGAUGAUGAAAACACUUUAAAUCCUUGGUGAAUACUUUAUAGGAAUAAAUGGAUUGUUAUGUCUGUA